UGCAGCUGUGCCAAAUAUUCUACAUUCAGAAAUUAAAUCUAUUGCCUUUCAAAAAUGGCUAAAUAAACAGUAGAGGCAGAAGUGAUGUUCUAGUGGCCCUCCCACCAGGAAAUGCAUCAGUUUAGGGGAUAUGUUAUCUCUGCCUCUGAUACUAAAUAUAUAGUCAGCAGUCCAACCAGCAGCCCUGAGAUAUACACAAUUCAUACAAAGACAAUAUGCAUGCUGCUGUGUUGGAAAACAUUUUCUUGUUAGUGCUGGUCACUCUCCUCAGUGUGGUCCAGAAUGUAUUCUUCGCACUGAAGGUUGAGAAAGAGUGUAAAGCCAAUCUUUCUAAACUUCAUUCUGCAACUUUUGAGCGCUUGUCCUGUGCCAAUCGAAACUGCAUGGAUACUUACCCCACAUUCCUGGCAGUGCUGUGGUGCGCUGGUAUCUGCCUCAGUCAAGCUCCAGCUGCCUUUGCUGGUAUUAUUUAUCUAGUGGUCCGACAGAAGUACUUUGUGGGCUACUUUGGGCAAAGUUGCCAGAGCAUACCGGGCUUCCUGUUUGGGAAACGUAUCCUCUUUUUUCUGUCGCUCAUGUGUAUUGUGGGAAUCAUAAAUUACCUGCUGCUCUCCUGUGGUAGCAGUGACUACAAAGACUACAUUCAGAUCAUCACCAUAGCAGCAUCAACCCUCCUGCUCUUGCCCUGAGCUGUGACUACUCUUGAGCUAUAAUAGUGAAUGUGAAGACAUUGGUCUUCAGUUUAUUGUUUGUUAGUUAGUUGGAGGAUGUUGCAGAAAAAGUGUGAAGCGUUUUCAGAGAUGAUAACAAUCUUGCAAAAUCAUACGUACGUUUUACAAACCUUAACAAACGAACAUCGGAGGAUAUAAAAAGGUUAUUACUAUUAAUGUCCCAGUGUAAAAAGGUAUUUGAAUAUUAUUUAGAGUGAAUGGAGUACAUUUGCAUAGCAUGACAUAUGGGAAAGCCUUAAAGGGAUUGUUCAGCCACAAAUUACACAAAAAGUAAAUGUUCAGCAGAAUGGUAGGCUCAGUCACCAUAAUUUCAGUGUAUGGAAAAAAAAAAAAUGAUCCAAUAAUAGUGAAUGGUGACUGAGACUGGCAUUCUGCCUGUCGUCUCCUAUUGUGUUCCAUGGACAAAAGAAAGUCAUACAGAUUUACAUAAAUGAUGACAGAAUUUUCAUGUUUGGGAAACUAUCUCUUUAAUAGUUUCAAAUAGUUUUGUAACUCUUGUGAGUUGUGAUUGUUAGUUUAUAAUGAGAGAUUUUACAAAAUUGACUCUUGUCUAAUUGUAAUUAAGAUAAAAUUCCUAUCAUCUCAACAUGAUUGUGACUUUUGUAUUAUUGCUAGCAUUGGCAAAAAUGAAAUACAUUUUAGCAGUAAAACAGACCAUUAAUUUAGUGUUUCCCAACCUUGUAUGUCUUUUGUACCCAACACAGUCUAAAACCAUAAUGAAUGUAAUUUCAAGUAGUUAUCAUUAUUAUUAAUAUUAUUAUUAUAAAAAAUCACAUAUACAUACAUACACAUACAUACAGUUCACAAGUUCGCAUCAUCCUUUUACAAGUUGACAUAUUCCUUUCAGGAUUGUAUACAAAUAUAACUGAUACAAAAUGAUAUACAGUAUUUUUUUUAUUAAUUACUGCCCAUCAGAAUCUAGAUAACAAAUAUUUACAUAUAUCCCACAAGACAAAAUAUCAAUUUACACCAAUUAUUCUGUUCAAAAGUUUACAGAACACUUGGUUCUUAAUUUUGUGUUUUACCAUAUAAAGCAUCAAUUAAUGUUUGCACCUUUUGAAAUACUUGUGUUUAAGCCCCUCAAUUGAUCUGUUUUUUUUUUUUUCUGGUUCAAAAGUUUUCGUUGCAAUUAUUCUCAUAAGGCCUAGUCUUUUCUUUACUCUUGUACAUGAAACUGGUGUUGAGCAGGUAGAAUUCAAUGAAGCUGUCAG